AUGGGUACUUCUCCUUUCGUCUGUGAGACAUGUGGAAAGGCGUUUAAGAGAAGUGGAAAGCUGAGGCAUCACAUGAAGCUGCACAUUAAGUAUGGACCUCCUUUGCCACGCCCACCGCCUGUGCAGACCUCGCCUUCUCCAGUGACCUCAUUUACACGUUCGAAGACUACGCUCACCCACUUCUUGGCCCCGAAUAUCCUGGCGUCCAGCUCUUCCAUGGACACCUACAGCUCUGAUCUUGGUUCUCGCUCCCCCUCCUACAGCACCAGGGAUUAUAGUUCCUACGACAAAACCACCUCUCCGUCCACCUCCUCUGCUCCUGCUCUACCUGCUCGCAGUCCUGCAGUUGAGGUCCCUAACAUCAAUCCUGGCUGCUCACCUGGCACUGCUACUGGACCCUCAUCUCCUGCCAAUGACUGUCAUCUCCUUGGAGCCGCUGUCACC